UGGCGUACAUAUAAAAUCACACUGCUACAUUUCAGAUAUUGCUGGCGGAUACGUGUCUGUUUUCAAAUAUCUCUUUAUAGUGCAGAGCAUCACUAGGUCUCACUGAACUAGUGAGUAGCGACUGUUUUUUUCUUAUAAAGCAAACUAUCCAAGAUGUGGAUAUCAAGUAACAUAUUCAUUGUCUUGUUUAUGCUCAAAGGGAACCACUGCGCCGUUCAGCGCUAUCCUUUUUCAAACGCAUUUGGGGUCUCACCCCUCAAUAAGCCCAACAAGCAUUUGCCAAGCUGUGAUGACAUACUACGCCCAGACUACCCAAGAACAAGCUGCUAUUACCAAUGCUACUCCUCCAAAAAACAAUUAGUAAAAGGGACUCACAAUGAUGGAACACGAUGUGAGAAGGAGAAAUUUCCUGGAAGACGAGCGCAUUGCAUUAGAAGCAUCUGUAUAUUGAUUGAGGAUGAAGUUCCCAAGUUUAAUUCGAGUAAACCUGAACAGAAAUGUGAUGGCCAGUACUAUGGUAAAGGAUACGCAACAAGUUGCCAAUAUACAUGUACGUAUUUCGGCAAGCGGAAACAUAUCAACUACAGUGCUGGAACACCUUGUGUGAUUUUGGACGAGUAUGAGGACCGUGUGAAUAACGUGGGGAUAUGCCAGCGAGGCAUAUGCAAACCUUCUUACAAACUUGAGUCAAGAAAUCCUAAAAUCAAGAACAAGAUUUUUGCAAAACAGUAUCUGAAAUGCGAGGAAGUGGAACACUAUGGCAGGAAUAUGCUUAAAGAUUGUCACUACUUUUGCCAACGAGGCGGUGAAUGGUUUUAUGGUUUUUACAAAAACAGCUACAACAGUGCUUGUCAGACUUUGAAUCCUCGUCGCAUGUCGGGAUAUUGCUGCAGAGGCAAAUGUUUGCCAAAGGAGCUAUGCAGGCGCAAGAUUGGGGAGAAGUUGGCCGACUUCAGUUCUGGAAGCAAAGAUCAGCCGACAGUGUGA